AUGAGCGACAGAGUAGCCAGAUACAAGGCGAAGAGAGAGGAAGAGAGAGCAGCUGCCGCUGUCCAUUUUGAAGAAGAGGAGAAUAUUGAUGAUAAUGAGAUUGUGGAGUCAAAGUGUAUCCCAUGCACAAGUGAAUAUCAAUACGAACCUGAGAGGAUAAUAAAAGUUUUCCAAACUUGCUUUCAGGACAUGUUUGAAGACCAAACUGAACUAAAUCAGCUUGUUCAAUCAGUUAAGGGAGAUCUAUAUAAUCGUGAUUAUGCUGCCGCCUUUGGGGAAGAAAGAAAGCGAGAUGCUUAUGUUAUUAGGUGGUCUCCAGCCAGAGCUUUGGCCUAUUCUUCCCUCUUCUCCCAAUUGAAGGAAGUGAGGGAACUGAUCUAUGAUUUUUCAGAUGAAAAAAAGGACCUAGACGUGCUUGCUGUCGGGGGUGGCGCUGGGAGUGAGCUUGUUGCGUUGAACUCGAUCUAUUGUUUUGCAAAGGAGGCUUACCCAAACACAGAGAAGAAGAUUACUGUCACAUUGGUUGAUAUUGCAGACUGGUCAUUAGUCGUCGAUAAAAUUACGGACUUUACAAAAAAAUACUGGUUGUACAAAACAGCUACUUAUAAACCAGAGUUUGUCAAUCAUGAUAUCUUGAAACCGGGAGUUUCCUUUGUCAACAGAGACUUGAUAACUCUGUUGUUCACCACCAAUGAGCUUUUUGCGGAGGACAGGACAGAGGCCACAAAGUUUCUCCAGAGGCUCAGCUCUGAAUGUAAAAGUGGAGCACUGCUGUUGAUUGCUGAGAGUGCUGGAUCCUUCAGCCAUAUUCAAGUCGGCAAGAAAAAAUUUCCACUCACUUUCUUGAUAGACACCAUAUUGUGUGGUAGGCCUGGAUCUGAUAAUGGUGCUUGGACCAUUAUUGAUGGAAAUGAUAGUGUCUGGUACAGAACUCCCAAGGUACAGUACGAUUUGAAGCUUGAAAAUAUGCGAUUUUUCUACAGAUUAUAUCGCAAGAGGUAA